GUGGGAGACCUCGGAGGCAGAGCCUUUGGUUCCGGGGUCGGGGCAGGACAGCGUGUGUCAGCAGGGGCACCAUGGCCACCAUCCAGUCGGAGACCGACUGUUACGACAUCAUUGAGGUGCUGGGCAAGGGCACCUUUGGGGAAGUGGCCAAGGGAUGGCGGCGAAGCACGGGUGAGAUGGUGGCCAUCAAGAUCCUCAAGAACGACGCCUACCGCAGCCGCAUCAUCAAGAACGAGCUGAAGCUGCUCCGCUGCAUGCGGGGCCUGGACCCCGACGAGGCCCACAUCAUCCGCUUCCUCGAGUUCUUCCACGACGCCCUCAAGUUCUACCUGGUCUUCGAGCUGCUGGAGCAAAACCUCUUUGAGUUCCAGAAGGAGAACAACUUCGCACCCCUCCCGGCCCGUCACAUCCGGACGGUCACCCUGCAGGUGCUCAGAGCCCUGGCGCGGCUCAAGGAGCUGGCCAUCAUCCACGCCGACCUCAAACCCGAGAACAUCAUGCUGGUGGAUCAGACCCGCUGCCCCUUCAGGGUCAAGGUGAUUGACUUUGGCUCAGCCAGUAUUUUCAGUGAGGUGCGCUACGUGAAAGAGCCGUACAUCCAGUCUCGCUUCUACCGGGCCCCUGAGAUUCUGCUGGGGCUGCCCUUCUGUGAGAAGGUGGAUGUGUGGUCGCUGGGCUGUGUCAUGGCUGAACUGCACCUGGGCUGGCCCCUCUACCCCGGCAACAACGAGUAUGACCAGGUGCGCUACAUCUGUGAGACCCAGGGCCUGCCCAAGCCACACCUGCUGCACGCCUCCCGCAAGGCCCACCACUUCUUCAAGCGUAACCCCCACCCUGAUGCCACCAAUCCCUGGCAGCUCAAGUCCUCAGCUGACUACCUGGCUGAGACCAAGGUGCGUCCCCUGGAGCGUCGCAAGUACAUGCUCAAGUCCUUGGACCAGAUCGAGACGGUGAAUGGUGGCGGGGCUGCCAGCCGGCUGACCUUCCCGGACCGGGAGGCGCUGGCCGAGCACGCGGACCUCAAGAGCAUGGUGGAGCUGAUCAAGCGCAUGCUGACGUGGGAGUCCCACAAGCGCAUCAGCCCCAGUGCGGCCCUGCGCCACCCCUUCGUGUCCAUGCAGCAGCUGCGCAGCGCACACGAGACCACGCGGUACUACCAGCUGUCCCUGCGCGGCUGUCGCCUCUCGCUGCAGGUGGAGGGCAAGCCACCCCCGCCUGUCAUGGCCACCACAGAGGAUGGGCCCCCUUACUACCGGCUGGCCGAGGAGGAGGAGGCCGUGGGCAUGGGCAGCGUGGCGGGCAGCGGGCCCUUCUUCCGGGAGGAGAAGGCUCCGGCCGUGCAGAGAGCCAUUGACCAGCUGGACGACCUGAGCCUGCAGGAGGCCGGCCGCGGGCUCUGGGGGGAGACCCGGGCCGACGUGGUCUCUGACAUGCUGGCCCCGCUCAAGGCGGCCACCACGGGCCGCGGGGUCCCCGACUCUGGCCCAGAGCCCAUCCUGGCCUUCUAUGGCAGCCAGCUAGCAGGACGCCACAAGGCCCGCAAGCCGCCCGCGGGCUCCAAGUCCGACUCCAACUUUAGCAACCUCCUCCGGCUGAGCCAGGCCUCGCCCGAGGACGAUGGGCCCUGCCAGGGGAGUGGCUGGGAGGAAGGCGAGUGCCAAGGGGCCUCUGCGGAGCCGCCUGCCAUCCCACAGCAGGAGGGAGAUGGACCCAACAUCAAGGACAUGACCAUGGACGCUGAGAGGUCAGGCCCUGAGCUCUUCGACCCCAGCAGCUGUCCUGGAGAGUGGCUGAGUGAGCCCGACUGGACCCUGGAGGGAGUCAGGGGGCCACGGGCUCAGGGGCUCCCACCCCGCCACCCCCACCCACAUGGUCCGCCCCGGGCCACCAGCUUUCUGCAGCACGUUGGCGGGCACCACUGAUGGCAAGGCCCCCCCUGCCUGCGGCUGGGGGCUGCACUGGCUGGGCUGGCAUCCCUCUGAUCUGAACUGCUCCACAGUGCCACCCCUGAAUCCACAAAUUAUUCUUACAGAAAAGAUGAUUAUCCAGAAAUCCCCCAUACCCCCUCCCACAGCGCAUGCCUGUACCACCACCCAUAGGUGGCCCUAAGGGCCUGGCUCAUGGCCCCCUUGGCCAGGGACGGCAGGAAGAGGGUUGCACCCCACUGGCCCUGAGCUCGCCCUUGGCCCCGCUGCCUCCGUGUAGUUCAAUAAAGAAACGUUCAACAGU